AUGGCUGAUAGUUGGACUGAUGUUAGGCAACGUAUAUUGAUAAACUUUUUAGUUCAUUAUACGAAAGGUAUAGUGUUUAUGAAGUCUGUUGAUGCUUUAGAUCUAGUCAAAGAUGCCAAGAUAUUAUUUCAACUAUUUGGUGAAAUGAUAGAGUGGAUUGGUCCUAAAAAUGUUAUUUAUGUGGUGAUUGAUAAUGCAGCUAACUAUAUAGCAUGUGGUCGACUAAUUCAUGAGAAAUAUAAGCAUAUUUAUUGGUCACCAUGUGCCGCACAUUGCUUGAUUCUUAUCUUGAAGGACAUUGUAAGUUUGCCUUAUGUGUUAGACCUUGCAUCCAAGGCAUCAAAGAUUACCAUUUUUAUGUAUAAUCAUACUGUCCUUUUGUCAUGGCUUAGAAAAAGACAAGGUUGGAGGGAGAUCCUGUGUCCAGGAGCAAUUAGAUUUGCUACCACCUUCAUUACUUUACAAGGCAUCCAUAAAUUUUGGAAUGAGUGUUAUGACAUUGUGGCUCUUGUUGGUCCUCUCAUUUGGUUGCUAAGAAUUGUUUAUGGAGAUAAGAAGCCUUCUCUUGGCUAUGUCUAUGAAGGCAUGAUAAGGGCAAAACAUGGAAUCAAGAGUUUUUGUAAUAACAAUCCUCACAAGUAUAAGCCUUACAUAGACAUCCUUAAGGCUCGAUAG